AUGUCUUUAACCGCUGACGAAUACAAACAACAAGGUAACGCGGCUUUCACCUCCAAAGACUUCAAUAAAGCCAUUGAACUAUUUACAAAAGCCAUUGAAGUCUCCCCAACUCCAAACCAUGUCCUUUACUCAAACAGAUCUGCCGCAUAUACCAGUGCCAAACAAUUCCAAGAAGCUCUAAAUGAUGCCACUGAAUGUGUUAAGAUUAAUCCUACUUGGUCAAAAGGUUACAACAGAUUAGGUGCCGCUGAAUUCGGUCUAGGUAAUUUGGAAGAAGCUGAAAAAAAUUACAAAGAAGCUUUAAAAUUAGAUAAUAAUAACAAUAAAGCUGCUCAAGAUGGAUUAGAUCAAAUUGAAAGAGCUAAGAAUGCACCACCACCAAACGAUUUCGGAUUGACAUCUAUGUUUACUGAUCCAAAUUUGAUUGAUAAGUUGAAAGCCAAUCCAAAGACCAAGGAUUUCAUGAAUGAUCCUGUCUUUGUUGGGAAAAUUUUGGGUUAUCAAAAAAAUCCAGCUUCUAUGACUCAAGAUAUGAUGACGGAUCCAAGAUUAAUGACUGUCUUGGCUGCUUUGAUGGGGAUUGAUUUAAAUAUGGGUCAAGAUUCUACACCUCCUUCCGCUGCUGCUGCUGCUGCUCCUGCUCCUGCUGAUGAGGCAUCGGCCGAAUCUGCUCAAACAAACCAACAAGAAGAAACUACAGCUCCUGAACCAAUGGAAGUGGACGAAAAGGAAGAAGAUAAAGAAUCCAAUAGUAAACUUGAAGCUGAUGAAGCUAAAGUUGAAGGUAAUAAGUUAUACAAGGCACAUAAAUUUGAUGAAGCUAUUGAACAAUACAAUAAAGCUUGGGCUUUAAAUAAAGAUAUUACGUAUUUAAACAAUCGUUCUGCAGCAGAGUUUGAAAAAGGUGAUUUUGAAACAGCCAUUGCCACUCUAAAUGAAGCUGUGGAUCAAGGUAGAGAAUUAAGAGCUGAUUAUAAGAUUAUUGCUAAAUCUUUUGCUCGUAUUGGUAAUGCAUACCAUAAGAAGGGUGAUUUGAAAAAAUCCAUUGAUUAUUAUCAAAAGUCAUUAACUGAACAUAGAACUGCUGAUAUUUUGACUAAAUUAAGAAAUUGUGAAAAGGAAUUGAAAAAACAGGAAGCUGAACAAUAUAUUGAUCCAGAAAAGGCAGAAGAAGCUCGUCUUGAAGGUAAAGAAUAUUUUACUAAGGGUGAUUGGCCAAAUGCUGUAAAGGCAUAUAGUGAAAUGAUUAAGAGAGCUCCAGAAGAUGCAAGAGGUUAUUCUAAUAGAGCUGCUGCUUUAUCCAAACUAAUGUCAUUCCCAGAAGCCAUUAAAGAUUGUGAUAAUGCUAUUAAGAAAGAUCCAAAUUUCGUUAGAGCCUAUAUUAGAAAGGCUACAGCACAAAUUGCCAUUAAAGAAUAUGCAAAUGCUUUAGAUACCUUGGAAGAAGCCAAGAGUAAAGAUUCAUCUGUUAAUAAUGGUGCUAAUAGUAACGAAAUUAUGAGAUUACAAAUGAAGGCAACUCAAGAGAGAUUCCAAGCUCCAACAGGCAAUGAAACUCCUGAGGAAACGUAUAAGAGAGCCAUGCAAGAUCCUGAAGUUGCAGCGAUUAUGCAAGAUCCUGUUAUGCAAAGUAUUUUACAACAAGCACAAACUAAUCCUGCUGCGUUACAAGAACAUAUGAAGAAUCCUGAAAUUAGUAAAAAAAUUCAAAUCUUGAUAGCAGCUGGUAUUAUUCGUACUGGUUAUAACUAG